CAGUUUCGCUAUACAAGAGUCGGGUCCGGUUUGUGGUUUACUUCAUACCUGCAUAUCGGGUUAACAGUUUCCUAGUAUUCACCAUAUAUAACGCCCGACGGUCUUAUUUUACUGUGACACAGAUAUUUACCUAUUACAGUCUCGCGGUGGUCAUGGCCUUUCUCGUGACAUUAACCGGAAGAAGCGUCAAUGGAUAUCCGUCUGGAGCGCCCGUCGGGGCCUGUGACAAUAUGGCGCCCAAUCAUGGUGUUGUGGCGGGGCAGACGUCUACGGCUCCAUACCAACUCACAGUCUCCAAACUCGUGUUCGGCUGUAAGGAGACAUUAAAAUUGACCCUUAACAGUUCCACCAGCGAUCAGUUGAAGGGCUACUUAUGCCAAGCAAGAACGGACCUGACGAAAAAUGUCACCACGGGCACUUUGAAAGCGAUUAAUGGUGGUAACAACAAAUGCGAUGGGAAUGGCUCUGUGACGCACAUGAGCAACGUGUCGAAGUCAGCGGUAGAGUUCGAGUGGACUGCUUCCGAAUAUCACGGCAGCGUUGCAGUUUACUUUGUGAUUACUGGCAAGCUUGAUGGUUCUAUGAACAGGAUUAAUGGCAAGCUUGAUGUUUCUAUGAACAGGAUUAAUGGCAAGCUUGAUGGUUCUAUGAACAGGAUUAAUGGCAAGCUUGAACAUGUAAUGAUGAAAGUCAAUGGAAGCACCACAAAAACUUAA